GUGGGGCCGAGCCUCCCUCGCCAGCCCCCCGCCCCGCCGCCAGCGCACGGCGGCAGCCAGACCGCCGCGGCACCGCCGGGCCGCCGCACAGCUCCGCUCUGCCAGCGGGAGCCGGCCGCGGAGCGGGCGAGGAUGCUGCCCCUCGGCCGCCGGCGCGGGGCCGGCCGCGCCCGCCGCCGGCACCGGCCGUACCCGCUGUUCCUCCUGUCAGCGCUGCUCUGGGCGCCGGCGCUGGUGGCCUUCAACCUGGACGAGGAGAAGCUGACGGUGUACAGCGGGCCCCCGGGCAGCUACUUCGGGUACUCGGUGGACUUCUACAUCCCCGACCCCAGCACAGUCAGUGUCCUGGUGGGAGCUCCCAAAGCCAACACCACGCAGCCAGACAUAGUGGAAGGAGGAGCGGUGUACUACUGCGCCUGGCCCGCCACCCAGUGCAGGCAGAUACCCUUUGAUAAUACCAACAACAGGAAAAUUAAAGUCAAUGGCACCAGGGAACCUAUUGAGUUUAAGACAAAUCAGUGGUUUGGGGCAACAGUCAAAGCUCAUAAAGAAAAAGUUGUGGCUUGUGCUCCCUUAUAUCAUUGGAGAACCCUUAAAGAUAGCCCUGAGAAGGACCCUGUUGGCACCUGCUAUGUAGCAAUUCAGAACUUCAGUGCCUAUGCUGAAUAUUCACCUUGUCGCAACAGCAAUGCAGAUCCGGAAGGACAAGGCUUUUGUCAAGCAGGUUUCAGCUUAGAUUUUUACAAGAAUGGAGACCUGAUAGUAGGCGGGCCUGGUAGUUUUUAUUGGCAAGGUCAGGUAAUCACUGCAAGUAUUGCGGAUAUCAUUGCAAAUUAUUCCUUCAAGGAUAUUCUGAGGAAACUGGCACGAGAGAAGCAAACAGGAGUGGCACCACCCUCGUAUGAUGACAAUUACAUGGGAUACUCUGUGGCUGCUGGGGAAUUUACUGGGGAUUCUGAGCAAGAGUUGGUUGCUGGAGUCCCGAGGGGAGCACAGAACUUUGGCUACGUCUCAAUUAUUAAUUCUUCAGACUUGACCUUUAUCCAGAACUUCACUGGUGAACAGAUGGCGUCUUAUUUUGGGUACACUGUUGCAGUAUCUGAUGUUAACAAUGAUGGUUUAGAUGAUAUCUUAGUUGGCGCCCCUCUCUUUAUGGAACGAGAAUUUGAGAGCAAGCCUAAAGAAGUUGGGCAAGUUUAUCUAUACCUGCAAGAAAGUGCUUUCAUCUUCGGAGAUGCGCAAAUUUUGACAGGCACUGAAGUGUUUGGUAGAUUUGGCAGUGCAAUCACGCACCUUGGAGAUCUCAAUCAAGAUGGAUAUAAUGAUAUUGCUAUUGGUGCACCAUUUGCAGGAGAAGACAGAAGAGGGAAAGUGCUCAUUUACAAUGGAUACAGUAAUGGGUUAAAUACUAACCCUUCCCAGGUUCUCAAUGGAGCCUGGGCCUCACAGUCCAUGCCUUCGGGAUUUGGCUUCACUCUAAGAGGAGACUCAGAUGUAGACAAGAAUGAUUACCCAGAUUUAAUUGUAGGUGCAUUUGGAGCUGGAAAAGCAGUUGUUUACAGAGCCAGACCUGUUGUGACAGUGAAUGCUCAGCUCAUUCUGAACCCCAUGAUUGUGAAUCCAGACAAUAAAACUUGUCAGCUCCCUGGCUUUCAGCUUUUGGUCGCCUGCUUUACUGUAAGAGUCUGCGCAGACUUUGAAGGUCAAAGUAUUUCAGAUGAGAUAGUGCUGAAAGGUGAAUUGCAAUUAGAUUCAUUGAAACAGAAAGGAGCUGUUAAGAGGACCCUCUUCUUUGAUUAUCAUCAGUCACAUCAUUACUUCUCCAUUGUGAUAGAAAGACAGAAACAGCUCCAUUGCCAGGACUUCCUUGUUUAUCUCAGAGAUGAAACAGAAUUUAGAGAUAAAUUAUCUCCCAUCAAUAUAAACUUGAAUUACAGUUUGGAUGAAUCCAAUGUUGAAGAUAGCUUGACUAUGAAGCCAAUACUGAACUAUUACCAGAAAAGCUCAGUAACAGAACAGGCUUACAUUCUUGUUGAUUGUGGGGAGGACAACUUGUGCAUUCCUGACUUGCAGCUUUCUGCUAUGCCAGAUAAAGAUCAGCUAAUAAUUGGAGAAGAAAACUGUGUCAUGCUCAUAAUAAAUCCAAGGAAUGAUGGGGAAGGAGCCUAUGAAGCUGAGCUACAUAUAAAGAUUCCACCUGAAGCAGAUUAUACCGGGGCUGAACGCAACAACAAGGCACUGCGUGUAUUGAGCUGUGAUUACAAGAUGGAAAAUGAAACAAGAAUGGUGGUUUGUGAUCUUGGGAACCCCAUGGUGGCUGGCGCAAACUUCUCUACAGGCAUUCGAUUUUCGGUUCAGCAUUUUGAAAAUGCAGAUUUCAGCAUCAAUUUUGAGCUUCAAAUAAAAAGUUCUAACAAGAUUAAUCCCACCAGCAAUUUAGUUAACCUCCACAUCAACAUCAGUGCUGUGGCUCAAGUACAGAUUAGAGGAGUGUCUCACCCCCCAACAAUUAUUUUGCCGCUUCACAACUGGGAACCCAAAGAUGAACCUACAAAAGAAGAAGAACUUGGUCCUUUAGUAGAACACAUCUAUGAGCUGCACAAUAUAGGACCAAGUGCCAUCAACAAUACAGUUCUCCAUGUCGGCUGGCCUGUGUCAAGUCAAGAAGAAUUUCUUCUUUAUAUUCUUCAUAUUCAGACACAUGGACCAUUGCACUGUCAGACGAGCUCUCCUAUUAAUACAAUGCAAAUAAAGUUUGCUAUUCCACAAGACACUCCUGAACUUGCUGCUUUUUUGUAUAAUUCCACAAUUUCUCAUUACAUCAGGAGAAGGGAUGUCACAGUGGCAGAACCUCACAGGAAAAACUCUGCAAAAAUAUUGAACUGUACAAAUGUGAAGUGUAUCCUAAUUUCCUGCACUGUGGGACAACUGGAAAGAGGGAAGAGUGCAGCGCUAAAAAUCAGGUCCCGGCUAUGGGCCCAAACAUUCCUGGAGAGAAAGAAUGAUCUCUAUACUCUUUCUUCCAAUGUGUCCUUCGAAGUUAAGAGCAUGCCAUAUAAAGUGCAACCAGCAAAGCUCCCCAAGGGAAGCAUAGCAAUCAGAACGUCUGUCAUUUGGUCCACUCCAAAUGUCUCCUUUGUAAUCCCUUUAUGGGUUAUAAUACUAGCAAUACUUCUUGGACUACUGGUAUUAGCUAUGUUGACCCUAGCUCUAUGGAAGUGUGGCUUCUUUGACAGACCUAGACCUCCUCAAGAUGACAUGGCUGACAGGGAACAACUGACAAAUAACAAGACUACUGAUGCAUAGAGGAAGAGUGACAGUUCAUGUCAGAACCCUGCCUGAGUCUAGAAACAUGAUGAGGAUUAAAUGAAGGAUUCCUUCCACCAGUUUUCCUUUGUACCUGCAAGUGACAUGGUGUCAUAAUCUGAUCUAUGCAACGUUCUGAGAACAUGCCACAUGAUGGCCAUCCUUGCCAAAGAAAGCAGCUUUAUCACUGCCUUACAAACAUACUCACCACUGAACAGUAAGUUUAUCCCAUAUUCCAGUCAGUCUACAUUUCAGCAGUUGCUUUUGAACACCUGUGGUAUACUGAGAUGCUUCCAGAACAAGCCCAAAUCUCCCAAGGAGAGAACACCUGCAUUGCUGUAUUGUCUAGAAGAUGGACCAGGACAAAACUUCUGAACGCUACUGUAUCAUGCAGAAUACCUUUGAAACCUCCCUAAGAAUAAGAACUUUUAUGAAAUUAUAGCUCAGGGAGACAAGCAAUAUAUCAGUACUGUGAAAGUACUUCUGAAAAACAAAGGUAGUCUAUAAAGAACUUUAUAGAUGGGGCACAAUUAUUUAUUUUUCCACCUUUUCAGGAUAAGUAUCUGAUAUAAUCAUCAACUUAGAUUUUGAGAGAAGAAAGUAAAAAAAUAGAAAUAAUGUACUUACCUUGCAUGUAAAUAGAAAACUAAACCCAUUGUACACACAGAACACAUCCUUCUUGGCUACAAGGUGUUUUGCAAAGCAGAAGAUUUAUGCAACACUUACAAGAUGAUAAACAAGUACAUGUCAUAUCUCUCAACCCAGAGCUGGUAGUAUCACACCCAGAUAACUAAAUCCAUGCACAGUAUAGAGCAGGGGAUGAGUUACCCUGUCCUUGCAUUGCUGAUGACUGACAGCUGUACAGCUGAUACAGGAUACAGUCAUUUGUGAAACACUGACUUAAAUUAUCACAGCCACACUGGUGAUACUGAGAAGGCUUGGGGGUUUUGGGCUAGGGUAAAUUUGCUUUGCCAUUGCCCUGUUACUUUGUUGAAAUGGCCUCUUAAAAUGGAAUGGCUACUGCCAUUGUAUCUUCUGUUUAAUUUGUGUCAUAGACCCUAACACUGUUCACCUAAAGAAAUCUUUGCUUUUUUUUUUUUUUUCCCUUUCCUUUUAGUCUACAAGCUGGCAGCAUAUUUAAAGUGUUGAUUUCAGCAAAGUUUAGGGCUGAAUAUAGUUCUUUCUUAAGCAAAGUCUUGCAAGGAAGGUGGGCAAGAUUUGUAUUCAUGCAGAAAAAUAGGAUGCCAGCCAGCCAAGCAUGAACAAAAAGAAGGAAACAUCUUUUCAGGUAAAGAGUAAAAAUACACAUUUAGGAUUUUUUUUUCUGGGUGAUGGAUUCUGAAGAAGAGAGGCUUCAUUCUUUCUGUUCUAUCAGCAAAUGGUCCUUAUCUCAGCAGGCAGUCUAAGCUCAGAUCUGUGCAAAUUUGUGCCUGAAAGCUUGAGUCUUCCAGUGCUGCCUGUGAGUGUGAAAUUAGCUAUAUUGUGUAAACUUCAGGAGGGAUUGUUCAUCUUCUGAAACAUACACCACACAUUCCUUCCCCUGAGCUCCUUUUCUUUCCAAUCCACCUCAGCUUCUUAAUUGGCAAAUGGCCUCAUCCAUUCUGCCACUUCUUGGCUCCUUUUAGGUAACUGCCCUUCUGCUUCCAAAGACUUCAGACAGGACUAGCUACAAGACAUUGUCACUUCUGUCAGUCUGACAGGAGAUUUUACAGUUUUACCGUUUCUUGCAUGCAGACUGACCUGUGAAAUCCAAGCAGGAGCUAGGAAACCUGGGCAGGUGUGUUCCAUCUUCAUAUCUAAGGCAAAUUUGCAAGAAGACCUUUAUGAAGUCUUUAGCUUAUCAGAUGCAGUGUGCCCAUGAAACUUAAUGAGAGGAGGAGACACAUGCCUCAGAAAACGGAGUUGAAGCACCGUUGGAUGGGGAGGCCUAACCACUUCCCAUUCCCACCAAAAACCGUUAACAGACCCCUUCCCCCAAAUGGGACCCCUUGUAGGUUAGAGAGAUCAGCUGAUAAAUACCACCACAAAGCAAGCCUGUCCCAUAUUUGCAUACCUCUGUAUCCCAUACAUUCCAGGCAAAAUCAUCCUCCCAUGAAAAAGACAGUGUGCUUCUAGCAUUUGUAAAUAUUGAAUUGUUGUGUGUAACAGCUUCUGAAAUAAGAUCAGCUAGCUCAUUACAGUCAUAUCAUCUACACAACUCUGAUGAAAUAGCACCAUAAGGAGAUACUGAACAUAGGACUUUUGUAUGUGCAAUAUUUUAUAUUACUUAUAUACCUGAAGCAUGUUUACACUGGCAUUUGUGGUUGCUUUUUAAACUUUUGAAUAUACUGAUUAAUGAUUACAAUAAAGAAAAAAAAUAGGAAAAAAAAAUGAAAACAAACACAGCUCUGUUUAGUAUUUGUUGCAAUGUUUUUUCAAUCCUGCAUUGCUCUGAGGAUGGGACUAGGUGACCUAAUAAGUUCUUUGCAGUUGUAACAUCUAUGGUUCACUUUUGAGCAAUUACUCUCCAUUUUAAUGAUGGGCAAAACAUGUUCAGAUACUAAAUUUAAACCAAAAAAACCCUCAGUGACUGCUGGGCUUGGCUGGAAUCCAUUGGCUGCAGCUGUGUAAUGUCACUGGAACCCAAAUUAGAGGCACAUGAUCUGACAAACAGUUACUUUGAGCAAUACUUUGUUUUAUAUUUCUACAUCCUUGUAGAUUAAACUUCCCCCAUGGAAAUGUCUGGAGCCGUAUGCUGUCAAGGACUGUAGUCUUGGUCCCAGCAUUUGUGGAUAGCUUUGGCUGCAAAUUGCAAACAGCUUUGCGAAGAAGAUUUCUGGGUUUCAGUGCUUGCCAGGAGUGUUUAUCCCCUGGGGAGAUUGCAUCCUGUAUGUGGUCACUAGCAGGCAGUCGACAUAAUCUUUCCCCCCAGUAUAUUAAUAAUGUACUACACGAUAACCUCUGCCACAUCCCUAUAUGACUGAACUUUUGCUUCAGUGACGUCAGCCUUGUAACAAGUUACUAAAUGCAGCUUUCUGUAAAAGUAAUUCAGCCUUGCACUUCCAAAUGUAUGUGGUGAGCUGCUAAUUGCUGAGAGCACAGGAGCAGUCUGGAGAGCAGAAAAAACAGGAGAUUACUUUAUAAAUUAAAGCCUUUUAAAACCGUUUAUUGCUAUGACCACCACAGCGGUCUAGUAAAUAGAGACAUUCAUCUUUUAUUUCACAUGCUUCUUGCUGAGUUUGAGAAAGGCUGUCCAGUUAUUUCAUCCAUGCAGCAGACUUUUUAAGAGUAUCAAGUGUCAAGCGACAUUCUCUGCUUUAUGAAAAUUUCAGAAUUUACAUAACAGGGACCAGUACAUUUGAAUAUGUUGUCACUUAUGGAUUUAAUCUUUAAAGGUAUUUAGCAAAUACAAUUUUCAUUUAACCACCGGGUUGUUAACAAGAAUUUUUUCUUGUCAACAUUCUGUAACUCAUUUACAAUUUUUUCCAUCUUCUCCAACUUUUUUGCCCUGACAGCUUUUAUGUGUUUCCCACAUUAGACAUCUCUUAAAAAUGGCACUGAUUUUCUCUACCUUUUAGCUGUGGUUUUUUCAUCCAUUAGCAAGAAGUAUCUUCUGGUAGGCAUGGCAUACAUUAACUAGAAAGCCUUUUGGGAACCAACAAAACACCUAGAGAUAUGCAGGGAAAAGAAAGUCCCAACUGGCCAUGGCCUAUGGUAUUCCACUACAUUGUAGCAAACUUUUUUUAAUUAAAUACCAUCUGACACUCUGCCUUUAGGAAUUGUUUAUGAGUGAGUGUUUUAUUUAUGAUUGUGGGCAAAGAUCCAUAUUAAAAUGUAGUGUAACGGUAGUGCCUCUUGACAAUAAAAAGUCUUGAAUUUAGCUUAUGCAGGCGCCAUGAUGUGACACAGCAGGAAUGCUUUUAAUAUUGAAGGACUGUUCAUGUUUUGCCUGUAUGUCGUAUUUCAGGGGCAUUUAACUAUUCAAGAUGCUACCCUACUGUACACAGUGAUUUUUAGAAAAGAAUGGAAGUAAUUGUUGAACUCACUUUUCAGAUGGUUUCAUUUGUUUUCAUCAUGUUGGUCUACUUAACUGAUGCACCACAUUUCAUUUGGUUAUGUAUUGUUCUUUGUUUCAGUAACGGUUUGUAAAGUGGACUUCAGCAACUCUUUCCAAAACUGGACUGCAUCAGGCAGUAUUGCUUUUCCAGAAGCAAGCUCAGGAUAACAGCAGCAGAGCAGAAUUCAGGAUGCUAUGUGAAAUGGUCAGUGCAUUGCAGGGGCUAGCUUACUUUUCAGCAGUUUACCCAAAUUCAUAUUCAGAGUCAUAUUAACAAAACAUCAACCUUAGACUCCCCAUUUCUCCUGUCAGGGAGGGCCAGGGGGUGCCCUUUUUUGUCAGCAUUGUAAAGACCAAAUACCAAGCAAUCCUCACAGCAAACCUGGGGAGGGGAGACCACAUUGUAUACCUGCACAAGACAAGUAAAAGGCAACCAAAUCAAGUAUAUGGCAAAAGCACAAACAACAUCUGUCUUCUGAUGCUCUCCUGGUCAUGAAGGUUAACAUUUUCCCAGCAAAAGCAAUCUGCCCACUUAUCACAUUAGACCAGCAGCACCAGAAAAUAAUCUGAAGUUGCAAAAAGUUUCCAUGAAUCUCAUAUCCUUUGUAGAUAUUUUACAUUUUGAAGUUUAUAUGAUAGCUCUUGGCUCUUCAAAUAGCCUUACUGAUUUUUUUUUUGUUGGUUUUUAAUAUUUUAAUAGCAUUUAGAAAAAGUUAGGUCAGCAUAGUAAAAGCUGAAAAAAAAAAUUUUUAAACUAACAAUGAAGUCUCACAGGAGACCCAGGCUUAGAUCUGGACUCAUCUUUUUCAUUUUUAGGUGCAGAAGAGACAUCAGGAGAUAUCUCAGGUGUCUGCUGAGACUUCCAAGGGUGUAAUGGCUUUGUUAUAACAAACACUCCCAUGCCAACUAACAUGAAAACCAGAAGAUAUUAUUUUUAAUGAUCCAACAGUCUAUCAUUCCCUGCUAUAUGCCCUGCAUACAAGAACAGGCAGAACAUGGGUAAAUGGCACCAUUAAACUAGGUAGUAGGAUGAGACAUUCACAGUUUGACUCAGUACACCAGAAAGAACCUUUCCUGUGGAGAAAGACAAAGACUGAAUUUUCUCAGUGGCUAAAAUUAGGAAAGAUUUGUUUUUCUAGAGGAGAACACGACACCACGGAAGCCCUGCCCUUCAAGCAUAAUGGGUACAAGCAUAAACGCGAGGUAGCUGGGCACAAGGGACUUAAUAUUAAGCAGUUAAGGAGGCUGCAGGAUACUACGUUAACUAUAAAUGACCUAGAGGGAAGGGCUAGGAGACUCUAGAGGAGAAAUCAAACCUUUAAACACAUAGAUGUUACCACAGAGUAGAUCAGAAACAACAAGAAGGUUGAUUAGUAAGAUGGAUGGAUUGGAAAUAAGGCUCAGCUACAGCAGAUGAGAAGUUGUGACCCCAGAAGAUAACGAGACUAAUGAUCUAUUACAGUGAUUUUUUUUUUCACAGUGACCAACUGAUUCAUUGCUUCUGCAAAGUUUGAGGAAGACCAUUUCCUUAGUAAUUAGAUAACGAAAGGAAAAAAUAUCUCUGCAGCUGUGACAGGACUAUUGAGUUAUCUGUGAAUCCCUCUCAUUCGUAAAUAAAGGGCUGUAUUCACUUCAUUGACUUUGAGAGAAGGAAGGAGGUGGCAAAGACAUGAGACUUGAAUUUGUUCCAGCAUCUGCUAAAACCUUCUGGCUUCACUGUUGUUUCAAAGUGACUGUUCAGUAUUUGCUGAGGCUAUACAACAUCUUUCACUGUAGUAGUACAGACUGUGCUGUCCAAAGGUAAUAGAAAGACAUUUUUCCCAAACCAGUAAAAACUAAAUCUUUUGUGGAAACUUUCCAUCUAUGCCUGGCUUACCCAGGAGACCUGAGGAGUAAAGUGGGGUUUAAGUGGGAUUUUUUAUUUAUUUUUUUUAUUUAUCAAGCAUUGUAACAUACAUUAAGAAGCUUCUCUAUAUGUGUAUAUAGCUUCAGUCCUUAUAUACAGUUUUAAGUAGUUAAACUGAAGUAAUUCUUUGCUAACAGAUGAAGGAGGCACAAGUAAAUCAGCAAUGGAAUUGAAAAGUUAAUUGAUGAAGUGAAGAUGACAAUGAUCCUAUUUAAGUUUGGCUGUAAUGAAUGGUUUGCUUUAUAUUUUUAAAGUAUACUAUUUAUUUAAUUCUACAUUUAAUAUAUUAUGGUACUAAUGAAGCACUUACUUAGACAUUACUAACAGUGAUAUUUGUGUUUAAUGUAA